UCGAUAAGUAACACGUCGUGGUCCACGAGUCGGUGUGGUACGUCGAAAAAACGCAUCACGUGUUGAUAAGGUUAAUCAACAGCGAUAACGCGUCGCGUUCCUCAGUAGAUCGUCGCGAGCUCCCGCAGAACAAGGUUUUCUUAUGUCUCUACGUAGGUGGCUGUUAAAAUGUCCCAUCAAGCUAACGGGGCUCGUAUCGCCGAGGUGGAUGACCUUGUGCCUAUCUUGACACCCACCGCCGAUAUUUCACCGCGAUUGAAGACCUUGGCCACUCAUUUCACCUCCAAAUACAAUGUGAAGCCUUCCUUUUUCGUUCGAGUGCCAGGAAGAGUGAAUCUGAUAGGCGAGCACAUCGAUUACUGCGGAUAUUCCGUCUGUCCAAUGGCCAUUGAACAAGACAUCCUCGUUGCGAUGACAUUAUCGAAUGACAGUGAGAUUCAUCUCACCAACGUGGAUCCUAAGUACAAGGACUUUCGAUGCAGUUUCGAGAACACCGGAUCUUGCAUUAGUGAUAGCGAGGGCGGGCCGGCGUGGUACAAAUAUUUUCUGUGCGGCGUAAAAGGGGCGCUGGAAGUAAUCCCGGCGGAGUCGGUUCCAACGGGAAUUCUGGUUGCGAUAUGGGGAAACAUUCCCCCUAAUUCUGGCCUCUCCAGUUCCAGCGCGCUGGUCUCGGCCGCGCUCCUCUCGAUCGUGCACGCUAGUCAGCGUCAGUUGUCAAAGCAUGAAUUGGCGAAUGUUAGUGCUCGAGCAGAGAGACACAUCGGCACUCAAGGUGGCGGAAUGGACCAGGCCAUCGCUUUUCUUGGAAAAGCUGGUUCAGCUAAGUUGAUAGAGUUUAACCCUCUGCGUGCAACCGACGUAACAUUGCCAGAGAACGCAGUGUUCGUAAUAGCGCAUAGUCAAGCGUAUCACAACAAAGCCUCAACCGCCGACUACAAUCUCAGAGUUGCGGAAUGCCGAUUAGCCGCACAGAUGAUAGCCAAGAAAAGAAAUAUGAAUUGGGAGCAUGUUCAAAGAUUAAUCGACAUUCAAGAGAGGCUCGCCUCGGACUUGGACGAGAUGGUUACUAUAGUAAUGACAGAACUGCACGAAGAGCCUUACACUUUUGAUGAGAUCUGCGAGAGCCUCGGUACGGAUUACGAACGAUUGAAGAAAACGUCUCUCGUCAGUUCCUUUAAUAUCUCGCAAACGUUCAAGCUGCGGCAGCGGGCUCUGCACGUUUUUCAAGAGGCCGGCAGAGUGCUCGCGUUCCGCCGUAUAAACGAGGAAGGCAGCAUAAUGAAACACGAGAAGGUUCAACAUCUAGGCAACCUGAUGUCGAAGAGCCACGCCAGUCUCCAUAAACUGUACGAGUGCAGCCAUCCUAGCGUGGAUGCGCUCGUCGAAAGAGCCGUACUUUGCGGCGCAUUCGGCGCUCGGCUCACAGGGGCUGGUUGGGGCGGUUGCAUCGUGGCUAUCAUCGAUAAAAACGGAGUUCCGCAAUUCGUCGAGGCUCUGCGAGCGUAUCUGUGUCAGAACAGUACAAAAGACCGAGCGGAACUCGAAGAUAUGGUGUUCCCGACGUCACCGAACCAGGGCGCUAUUAUUUACACUGCGUCAACGCUAUUCUGAAUCGUAAACCCGCGCUACAAUAAAUAAAUAUAGUGGCUUCCCCUUGGUCCGCGUCGUCACACCGUCCCUUUAUUGACAUUCCAUUAUUUUCUCCUGCUCACUUCACCACCCUCUUUUUACUCGGGCUUUCUUUCAUCGCACGUCACAAAUUUUAAUUGAAUGAAAGAAUGCCACACCUGCGCCACUCGGCGUUCCUUUGAUAUUUUUGACGCUCGAACCCACCGCGAAUGGACAGUGUACUAUUUUUAAGUUUACUUUACUCGUCCUUACUAUUUAAUCGCUAUAUGAAUCCUGUUUAUUGCAACUGCAUUAAAUCAAAUCUAUUAAAUAAAGUGUCUAAUCGUACAUUAUGAUAUUAUCGAAGCAAAGAUGAUAAUCCCUUAUAAUUAUAUGUUAGAUAUUAAUGUUAGAACUUGUAUAUCUCCUUUCGAUGAUUCCUAUAUAAAUAUAUAUAUAAUACAUGCAA